AUGGCGGUGGCUAUCUCAUCAUUCAUUUUCGCGACUAUCAAAGAGUUCAAUUCCCGGAUAUUAGACGGGCUUGGGCCGUUCGACCAUAAGGUUCCAGUGUCUCUCUGGAAAGAUGAAAUCGGACGGUUGCGGAUUUGGGCUGACGACGUUGGAGCCCAGCGAGAUGGCUACUUGUCCCUGGACUACAGACUGCGCGAUUCACUUCACCUCAGUAAUCAGGUCUUUCAACUCCUGAUGCGGCUUCGAAGGGGUCAUAGAGAUAUACAAAAGAUCUUGGUGAACGUUGCACUUAGCCAGGAUCUUACGGAUCCCGGUGAAGGAAAUCUAGCUAACCUCGAGUCAAUUUAUUACUCGGUGCAUAACAUAGUAGACUGCCUCUAUCAACUAUCAAUAGCAAUCCGCCAUCCAGCCAGGCAUGACUAUAUUCUUGGGAUCCAGGUGUCUGAUAUAGUCGAACUCGAGCUUUUCGAUCAAGAGCAAGUUCUCAGCAGGUAUCCCGAGGCACAAAGACAAAUUGCCAAUCAGCUUGGAAGAGCAAUAUCACUGCGUCGGGUGAUUCUGCGGGGCCGAAAGAGACAUCAUGAGGAGCUCGCUAUGAAUAUGUACCGGGCUCUGUACAGUGAGCCUGACACGGCGUUCACGCACUUCAGGCAGAUCAGCUUACUGCAUUUUGGGCCCGAAAUGAGCUCGGACGGCUUGAAUUACUCUUAUGCGGCAAUACUCGAGCGAUGGGAUCAUGAAAAGGCAUUGGCUUUCUUCCCCAGCCAUUCAGCUCAUACAGAACCAGCUAAGUGCCCUUACUGCUCUUUCAUCAUCACCACUAGCAGUGAGCGGGAUUGGGCCCAACAUGUCCUUGACGACAUUAUGCCGUAUGUCUGCGUUUUCCCGGAUUGUCCAUCGUCGCUUAGACUAUAUGAAAAUCGGCAGGUAUGGUUUGAACACGUGCAGCGUCAUUUCACGCUGUUUGGUGCUAUUGGCGAAUUAAAGUGUCCCUUAUGCAUGCUGAGCAUGAAGACCGAAACAGAGUGGGAGAGUCACGUUAGCGAACAUCUCGAGACUCUGGCACUGAUUGCACUGCGUCCACAUCCGAUAGAGGUCAACAAACAAGCAUUCAUGGGUAACCAGGUCUACGCGGGAUACGGAGCGGAUGCAGGUGCUUUCGAUCAAGGUAUCGGAGCGAGCAUACUAGGCCACGGCGAAGGUUCUUCCGACUCAACUAAAGGCAAAAGAAAGAUGCAGGCCAGAGAUCAAGAUUUCGAAGAGUGGCCUAUAUCAGGUGCAGAUCAGCUUCCUGGGUUUGUAGAUUGUAUGUACCUCCCUACUUUGACACGUACCACCCCAUACAAUAAACAGGCGGUCGCAACACGAGGGAGAGAUUUAAGGACGUAUGUUUUGUCCAAAGAAUCCGAUCACUCUUGGCACGAUUUUGACCUCGACGAAUCAUGGGGAUACGACGGACAAGGCUUCGAAUGUGCCGAUUCCUUCCUUUCUUCUU